UGAAACCUCACGAGUCCUUUGCCUCCUCCCACCUCUCCGGUCCACUCCUGACUCCUGACAUCACAACUAUGGAUAGAAAAGGGCACAAGCCCUGAGCUAUCCCUCCAGGCUCAUGACUCUUUAGCCUUAGCCUUAGCUUCCACUCAUUCGUUUCUGACAAUCCACACUCAGUGUAAUAGAAAAUGUCUGGCCGCGGUAAGGGAGGUAAAGGACUCGGUAAAGGAGGCGCUAAGCGUCACCGUAAAGUGCUCCGUGAUAACAUCCAGGGCAUCACCAAGCCCGCUAUCCACCGUCUGGCUCGCCGCGGUGGAGUCAAGCGUAUCUCCGGUCUGAUCUACGAGGAGACCCGCGGUGUGUUGAAGGUCUUCCUGGAGAACGUCAUCCGUGAUGCCGUCACCUACACCGAGCACGCCAAGAGGAAGACUGUGACCGCCAUGGAUGUGGUGUACGCUCUCAAGAGGCAGGGCCGCACCCUGUACGGCUUUGGAGGUUAAACUACACACUGCUGAUACAAACACAAAGGCUCUUUUAAGAGCCACACACUUCAUCUACAGAGAAACUUCCCGUCGUUGCGUGUAUAUUAUUGAACUUUACAUCGGGUAAUUUUCUGGAUAAAGAUUUUGCUCAUGGGGAAUUGCUAAAUAUCA